AUGGCGGCCCCGCUGGCGGCGGCGGGCGGCGGCGGCAGCGUCGGGGGAGCGGCGUCGGGAGCAGUCGGGAGUGGGGGCCGGGGGCCGGCACUGCGGGAGGGGGCGCGGGUGUCGGCGCUCUGCCUGGCCUGGUACGGGCUGAGUGCCGGCGGGAACGUGGUGAACAAGCUGCUGCUCGGCGGCUUCCCGCGGCCCGUUACCGUUUCGCUUUUCCACAUCCUGGGGCUGUGCGGGCUCCUGCCUCCGCUGCUGCGCGCUUGGAGAGUGCCGCCGGCGGGCCCGGCCCAGCUGCCGCCCCGCGCCUACCCUCGCUAUAUCCUGCCGCUCGCCUUCGGCAAGUACUUCGCCUCCGUCUCCGCGCACGUUUCUCUCUGGAGGGUUCCGGUUUCCUACGCGCACACAGUGAAGGCGACGAUGCCGAUCUGGGUGGUUCUGCUGUCACGGAUCAUCAUGAAGGAGAAGCAGACAACCAAGGUGUACUUGUCUCUGAUCCCCAUAAUAACUGGUGUCCUGUUGGCCACUGUCACGGAACUGUCCUUUGACAUGUGGGGGCUCGUCAGUGCACUUGCUGCUACUCUGUGUUUUUCACUUCAGAACAUCUUCUCAAAGAAGGUGUUAAGAGAUUCCCGGAUACACCACCUUCGGUUGCUGAACAUUCUUGGGUGCCAUGCUGUGUUCUUCAUGAUCCCCACCUGGGUUUUGGUAGAUCUCUCAUCCUUCUUAGUUGAGAAUGACCUGAGCACGAUGUCUCACUGGCCCUGGACCUUGAUGCUGCUUAUAAUCAGUGGAUUCUGUAAUUUUGCCCAGAAUGUCAUUGCCUUCAGUAUCUUGAACCUGAUCAGCCCACUCAGUUACUCUGUUGCAAAUGCCACAAAAAGAAUCAUGGUUAUCACCGUGUCCCUUAUCAUGCUUCGCAAUCCAGUUACAAGCACCAAUGUCCUUGGAAUGAUGACAGCAAUCUUGGGGGUCUUCUUAUAUAAUAAGACAAAAUACGAUGCAAACCAAGAGGCAAAGAAGCAGCUCCUUCCAGUCACAACUGGAGACCUUGUGAAUUUGGACCGGCACCGAAACGCUCCCGAGAAGUCUCAGAACGGACUCACAGCAUUUGCACAGCAUGGAGACUACCAGCACAGCCGAACCAGCGUCUUAACAGACCACUUCCAGUACAACCGGCAGAACUAUCCCACUGCCUACAACUUCAAUCGUUUUGAUAUCUAGAGUCCUGGCAGACAGGUAUAUAGACUGUGAUACCCAAGUGUCCCCAGCAUUACCAGAAACUUUUUAGUACAUCCAUGAAUGUAAAGCCAUUUAUUGUACAGCUCUUGCGGAAGGGAAGAUGCAUGGGGAGGGGAAGCGGUACAGACCCUUGGCUUCUGCUGAGCAGGCUGUAGGUGUGAGCAGCUGGGGCCACCUCUGGAGCUUACUGCAGAGUGCAGCCCUUGUCCACAGAUCCUGGGGAAAUGCCCAUACAAAACCACAGAGUGAAAUACCUGCUGCACUGCUCCUCCUUUUCAGUCUGUCAACUGAGUAUUCUUUUGGCAGAUCAGUUCUGGCCAGUAUUUUGUUUCCACGCUGGUAACAUCACCUUUAAUUUGUUCUUUCCUUUGUUUUAAUGAUACUUUCUUCUAAUGAAACAUUCAGAAAGAAGUGAAAUUUAAGGCAUCCUUCUGGUCACCAGGAUUUGUCUGUUGGAGGAGGCUGACUUUUAUCAGUUGCAGAUAGGUAGACCUGUAUUUGUCUCCAGCAACUACAAAACUCCAUGUGGGUAUCAACUGAUUUGUGCCUAUGCCUUCUGGUUAUGAUGACAGACCAGAAGUGUUGCUGAAAGAGCGGAUGAUGGGAUGAUUGAUCUCAUCAAGAAGCAUACUUCAGGUGUAGAGAAAUGGAAUUCUCUAAGAACGCUGAUGUCCCAGUCACUGUAGGUCACAAAUGUGGCUUACGGUCAUAAUUGUUCUCUGAGCAGUCCUGUAACUUCACCGUUGCUCUUCCUCAGCCAUACAGAAAACACCUCCACAAAUAAAGUGUUUGGAAUAAUGUGAUUAUUUUUACCGGCUUCAUGCCUGUUCUUAGAAAACUCUUCCGUUGCUUUCAGAAUGGAAUGGUUUCAGCUGUUUUCCGCUCCACUUCAUGCAUAAAUUACUCUCUCUCACAUGAUUCAUAUAUUAUGAAUGCACUGUUUUGAAUAAUCAUGAUCUCUAGUUGUUUCCCAAGUCUUACUUUUUUAGCUUCUAGUUGGGUUAAGUUUCUCAGUUCUUGCUGCUGGAGUUGCUGGGUGCUGUGUAGCCUGACUUCUGCUUUCCACUGAAAGAAGUUAAAUGUGUCCUGCUCUGUUCCUGCAGCUCUCCCAGCGCAGAGGAAAUUGUUCAGAAAAUAUGAUUUGAAUCGGCAGUAAAUAGAUAAUUUCUGAUCAAGAACUGAUUCUAUUAGUUAAUUCUAGACAAGUUGGUGGUUGUGAGUCAGAUACUGCAUUUGUGCUCGAAGGAACAGAUCCAACUGAAUGUUAGGUUCACUGAAGCAGGUGGUUACUGUCAUUGCUCUAGCAAAAUGAGAUUUUGGAGGCCACCUUAACA